GGCUCCAUUGGUUUAAGCGAAAGGGCUGCAAGUCCGCGCGGCACGACUAUAAGAAGGGGCGCCCUGGGCGGCUCAUCUCAGACCCGGGUCGGCGCUGCGGCUUCUUCGUUGUCAUGUCUGGACGCGGGAAACAGGGCGGCAAGGCGCGCGCCAAGGCCAAGACGCGCUCGUCGCGGGCCGGCCUGCAGUUCCCCGUGGGCCGCGUGCACCGGCUGCUCCGCAAGGGCAACUACGCCGAGCGGGUCGGGGCCGGCGCGCCCGUGUACCUGGCGGCCGUGCUGGAGUACCUGACGGCCGAGAUCCUGGAGCUGGCGGGCAACGCGGCCCGCGACAACAAGAAGACGCGCAUCAUCCCGCGCCACCUGCAGCUGGCCAUCCGCAACGACGAGGAGCUCAACAAGCUGCUGGGCAAGGUCACCAUCGCGCAGGGUGGCGUCCUGCCCAACAUCCAGGCCGUGCUGCUGCCCAAGAAGACCGAGAGCCACCACAAGGCCAAGUUUCUCUGCUGUCCCUGAGCGUCGGCCCUGGAGGAAAAAGAAAAUACAUCAAACUGGAGAAAUAGUGAAUCAAGACAGAUGCGACUGGACAGACGGAAUCACAGCGUCCCCCUUAGGCGCUCGGUUGGGUGGUUCAGCCCCGACCUCCCGGCACAGCUCCUAUCUCCCCAAGAGCAGGCGACCCCUCCAAAGACGGACGCUAAGGCCCUUCAGAGUCGAGAGGGACCCGAACAGAAAUUAAACCUGCAGGAAGAGGUCGCGGUACUGAGGCAGGCAGGGCGACACUCUGGGCAGCCUCCUCUCCAGCUGUCCCGGUGACCACAAGCCAGGCCGAGUGGAGCAAACAAGCAAAAGAGACCUUCAUUUGUGGGUAAACAGAAGUUGACUGACGCUGGACAAUGCGCUGGGAGGGAUGUUGGGAAUUUAAACAGUGAACCUGCCGCGUGUCCAGAUCUCGUUUGACCCCGCGGUCGGUUGGGCUGAAUCAAAAGGAGGGGAGGGAGUGAAGAAUGGUCCAAAGGAUUUGGAGCUUCCUAAAGUAAAUGCUUCUCAGGUUGUAUCGCGCAGGAGAAUCACUGGGAAGGAGUACCGAACCCUGUUUUCUGGGUCUCACCCCCAGAGAUUCCAUUGGUUCUGGGGUGCAGCCCACAGAUGUUUAGGGAGGCCGUACACGUGCUGUCCCGUCACUCAGAAGGCGGCAUUGGAGAGGUGCCUUGUAGGGUUUGUUACCCGAUUUUCACAGCUAACACCUGCAGGGAGCUUCCAAGGUAGAAGGCAAGACAGGGUGUCCACAGAGAUAAAACUCACCGUCAGCGUUAUUCCCCUUUCCACCAGGCUUUAAUCAAGCAAGCCCACCUUUUGUACUCUCAAGGUUUUUGCUUUUCUCCUUCAUAACUGUGUGAAUUUUGUUGAAUGCAGAUGGCUACAUAAAGACCAGGUUCCUAGAGCAGCUCCCUGUGAACCACAUUUUCUGCCACAACUUGGAGGAGAAUCUUCCCAUAUCUUGAAACUGA